GUCCCAAGUCCCGCCAACAUUGCAAUCUAUGCCAGAGGAACAUCUGCUUGAAGGUAUUGAAGUGAACUCUGAUGCUGGUGCAACGCAUCCUUCUCAAGGGCCAUCCACAAGGUCCAAUCGCUCCGUGAAUACUUCUGCCUCUGAUAUGGCUAAGAAUGAUCGGACAUGGACACCGUGGUCUCAAGAGCACAAAAUUCGACCAUUCGACAAUCAGGCUUAUUGGGAAAAUAAAGAGUUUGAUGAUUUCAUGAAGAACUGCAAAUAUCCCAACGUUCUCAAGGAUGAAAGGGAAAAGAUUGUAGAACUGCUGCAACGCAUGGGCGAUGUAAGCGAGGGCGCGGUCGAGGAUAUCCGGUCUUGGAUUGAGAAUAUUUGUACGGAGAAACUCGAAGACACUGAUCGAUACAACUUCAGAGGGUGGUUCCCGCAUCUAUGUGCUUCGUGGAAGUCAUUUAUCAAUACGAAAAGGAGAAAGAAAAACGAAUCCGGUUGCAGAAAGAGCGUCGACAACAUUAUUGAAGUGGCGUUCGAGCUGCGCCCUAAUUCUGACCACGUUUGGCAACCUGAAAUGGAACUUGUAUUACCUGGCAAACCUAACAAAGCCGUAGCUGACGCUAUUACGAGCAAGGAUCUUCCGGAACGUUGGCAAAACAUAGUCGAAGCAGUGCCAAAUGAUUUCAUAUUCCGAUGGAGUUACUCGACCAGCAUCACGCUUUCCAUCAUUACUUCCGCCUUUGAAGCAAAGGUAGAUGAUUUCGACACAGCAAUUCGCCAAAUCACCAUGGACUUUUACUCUGCUCAACUGCAACGAUGCACCCUGUGCUGCAGAGAUGGUCCUGUAUUCGGGACUAUCUUAAAUCGAGGAACUCUUACCUUUUUGGUGUCUUACUGGGAUGGCAAUGAGCUGUGUGUACAGCCAAUCUUACAACGACCCUACUCCCUUAAUUUUCUUCCAGACCUUCUUGAGAGCUAUUUCAUUCUGUGCAGGAUUUCAGAAUUCCAAUCUCGAUGGCUGGAGAAUGAGUUCAAGCACUGGGACAGUGACGUCAUGGCACAAAGGUCGAAGCUGCUCAAUGCUGCAUUCAAAAGACCUUGGCGUAGCGAGAAGAGCCGACGACCUGGCAAAGAUUCGACAUCGGGUGGUCUGCAAGCAGGUGGUACUGGGCCAGCAAGACAAUCUGACAUGGUGCUUGACAAGGGAAGUGUCGACGGUGUUGAUUUUUCCGAAGGAGGAUGUCUAUCGACUGUGAAUGAUAUCAGCACCUGCGGCAUAAGUGUAGCCCCCCAGAAACACAAACAAUCAGCGUUUCUUUAUAACUGGCUUAGGGAUGCACAGUCAUUUAUUGGUCGUUACGAGGAUCCGAACACUGAUCCAUGGGACAAUGUCUCAGAUGGUGAAACAGCCACUUUUAUUGACGAACACAGGAUGUCUGAUAAAGCCCACUAUGACAAUGUCAACGUUGUUGUUUUGGACUGCGAUGGUCCGGUACGUGAUGGACUGCAAAUUCACAGCGAGGGCACCUACCCGUCCGACCACCUUCCCAUCAAAGGACCAGAUCGGGCAGUCUCUUUAUUCAAAGGAGCUUUUGAUAAUGCAUCUUCGGAGAAUUGUAUUCGGCACACAGUGUAGAGCAUCUCUUUUCAGUGUGGGAUUAGACUAUUGUGUAUAUGGGAAUCUCUUUCUAAGCGACAGUUCUUUUAUUUGAACCAGCCCUGUCAAACUUCUCGUUCACACCUAUAAACGUUAUCACCUACUGUCUUAUAUCUUGUAACCUUUGCUUCAACUUAGUCAUUACUAUCUAUCAGGCAGAUGGCUGACUAGUCUAGGUCAUUAGGAGUUUGUUUAUAGUACAGCCAAUCCAUUUCUUGCCCAAUAUAGUAACUU